CAAGCGAUUCAAGAUUGCUGACUUUCUGUUCGUAGGCGGAUUCUUCCUUCACUAACAAUCCCGGGGAAAUCCUCCUGUUGAACAGUGGUGCCUGUUUGGUUUUAAGGCCCAGCAGUCCAUUCACCUUGAGGACUCGUGACCUGAGUCUCCAACGUUACUCGAAUUGAGUCAGCCUCCGGACCUUCGGUCCCGCAACUUUGCGCAACUUCACUGAACCCGGUAUCUGAUAUCGAGGGACUCGUGACUGGACAUCACGACAGAAAUUCUCCGACGACAGGAAGCUCGAGGACCUAUAUAAACCCCUCAGAUCUUGAUCCUUGACCUCCUUUUCCCUCCUGCCACAACUACAAAUACCAGUACUCCCACGAAUUAGAACAGCAACCGUUAGCCUGUAGUCGAACAGCUUCCCCAAUUUCGCCAUCGAUAGCAACUUACACAGCAACCGUUUUAUGAGCCUGCUAGUGAGGAACCGAACAUCCACGAACAUCCAUCAUGCAGCUCACUUCUCUCCUUUCCGCCAUUGUGGCCCUGGUGAUGGCCCCCCUGGCUAUCUUGGCCUCCCCGGCUGAGACCCUGGGCAACAGAGACUUCCCUGACCCAGCCAUUACCCUUGACCCUCGCACCCACGAGUGGUACACCUUUGCAACCAACAGCAACGGCAAGAACGUCCAGGCUGCUUACAGCCCCAAUCCGCACGACGGUCCUUGGACCUAUGUCGAGCACGACCUCCUCCCGACUCCGGGCAAGUGGGUCAACCCCGACCAAUACGACAUCUGGGCCCCAGAUGUGCACUACUUCGAGGCCACCGACUCAUUCGUCAUGUACUACUCUGGUCUUUUGGCGGAUUCUCCUUAUCACUGCAUUGGCAUCGCCACUGCGGAGAACAUCACCGGUCCGUACGAGGCUCUCGAUGAGCCUUUUGCUUGCCCCGACUCUGAGGGUGGUGCCAUCGAUGCGAGCGGCUACCUCGACCCUUUCGACGGCUCGUUCUUCGUUGUAUAUAAGGUGGACGGUAGUUCGAAGGGACCCGGUGGUCCUUGCGGCAACGGCGACCCCCCUGGCGAGCCGACUCCGUUUCGUCUGCAGAGAGUUAACGAAAGCGACGGCAUCACUCCGAUAGGCCAUUACACUGAGAUCCUCGACCGUGAUCCGGAGCUCGAUGGCCCGCUAAUCGAGGCCCCCAACCUGAUUCGGACGUGGAACGGCACAUUCGUACUGUUCUACUCAUCCCACUGCUAUAACACGCCAGAGUACGACAUCAAGUAUGCGACUGCAGACCAGAUCGAGGGACCGUACCAUCGCCGUGGUGAGCUGAUGGGUCCUAACACUACUUCCUUCGGGUUCGACGGCCCUGGAGGAGCGAGCAGUGUCCGCGGCGGUGGAAUCAUGGUGUUCCACGCCAAUUGCGACGCCGGGCGUUGCAUGUACGUGACGGAGUUCGGAGUCGACGAGGAUGGCAUCGUAACGCUUCAGGAUUGAUCUGUUUUGAACGUUUGAUCAGCACGGGGAAGAAAAAGACAAGGAGUAGAGAGAAGAGAAGGACAUGGAGUCAUUGGGUACAGCGUUGGCUUUUGGAAUGCAUUUUGGGUAUUAGCGAUAGGCGUACGGCGUUCGUUUUCCAUGAAUACAUUAGUGUUUGCACCUAAAACUGCCUUGAUCCGAAGUGACAAAUUGAAACCAGUGAUAUAGGAGACGUAGGGCAGAGCUAGAACACUAGCAUUGAUAUGUCAAGAAAAAUACGAGUGUAGUCCAGCAUGAGCAUGGUUCAGACAGAGGUGGUGUCUUGACAUCGAAAUUGGUGAUCUUGAAGAAGAAGUCAGGAGAA